AUGUCAUAUCAGAUUAAUCCAGUUAAUCAUGACUAUUUAGAAAGAAAGAAAAGGAAAGAUACUUCAUCUAUCAAGUACCCCAAGAGCUUUAAGAGAAAAGUCGAUAUAUCAAAAGUCAACACUGCAGUUAUAAAAGAUUGGAUUGGAAAAAAAUUGGAUGAACAAUUACCUGACGAUGAUAUAGUAGUUGCUUAUAUAUGCGAGUUGCUUGAAAAUAAUAGAGAGCCUGAUAUCAAGUCACUUCAUUUACAGAUUAAAGCUUUUUUGGGGAAUGAAGAGUCUUUGGAGUUAUGUGAUGAGUUAUGGAAGUUGUUGUUAAGUGCUCAAGAAGAUAAAGAGGGAAUACCUCAGGAACUAGUGGAAGAACGAAAGAAAGAAAUGAAACAAAACCAAAACAAGACUAAUUAUAAUAGGAGCCAAGUCGAGAAGAAAGAAGAUAGAAAGUACAGGGAAAGAGAUAGAGAGAAGGUCGAUUUACGAUGGAAGCUUGACGAUCGAAAAGCAGAGUCUUACAGAGAAGAGAGAAGAUCCAAGCGACCGGAUGGUACACAUUACAAUGGAAGAAAACGAAGAUGA